CAGGACUGGGGUCAGAACCAGGACUUGGAGAUGGACCUAGGUCAGAACCAGGACCAGGACUGGGAUCAAAACCAGAACCAGGACUGGGAUCAGGACCAGGAUCAGAACCAGGAGCAGGAGCAGGACCAGGACUUGGAGAUGGACCAAGACCAGAACCAGGACCAGGACUCCAUCAGGACCAAAGCGGGAUCUCCCUCUGGUCUGCAGAAACAUAUGUGUGGAGCAGCUUUUACCCAACAAAGUGAUCUAGAGAUUCACCAACCUAUUCACACUGGAGAUAAACCAUUCAGAUGUGAUCAGUGUGGAGGAGCUUUUACCCGACAAAGUGAUCUAAAGAUUCACCAAUGUAUUCAUACUCGAGAGAAACCAUUCAGAUGUGAUCAGUGUGGAGCAGCUUUUACCCGAUCAAGUCACCUAAAGAGACACCAACGUAUUCACACUGGAGAUAAACCGUUCAGUUGUGAUCAAUGUGGAGCAGCUUUUGCCCGACGAGGUCAACUAAAGAUUCACCAACAUAUACACACUGGAGAUAAACCGUUUACUUGUGAUAAGUGUGGGAGAGCUUUUACCACAUCAAGUGGUUUAACGACUCACCGACGUAUUCACACUGGUUAUAAACCGUUCACUUGUGAUCAAUGUGGAGCAGCCUUUAUUCAACAAAGUAAACUAAAGAUUCACCAACAUAUUCACACUGGUUAUAAACCGUUCACUUGUGAUCAGUGUGGAGCAGCCUUUAUUCAACAAAGUAAACUAAAGAUUCACCAACGUAUUCACACUGGAGAAAAACCGUUCAGUUGUGAUCAGUGUGGGGCAGCUUUUACCACAUCAAGUUAUCUAAAGAUUCACCAACGUAUUCACACUGGAGAGAAACCAUUCAGAUGUGAUCAGUGUGGGGCAGCUUUUACCACAUCAGGCAAUCUAAUGACUCACGGACGUAUUCACACUGGAGAUAAACCAUUCAGAUGUCAUGAGUGUGGAGUAGCUUUUACCCAACAAGGUGAUCUAAAGAUUCACCGACGUAUUCACACUGGAGAAAAACCGUUCAGUUGUGAUCUGUGUGAAGCAGCUUUUACCACAUCAAGUUGUUUAACGUCUCACCGACGUACUCACACUGGAGAUAAACCAUUCAGAUGUCAUCAAUGUGGAGCAGCUUAUACCACCUCAAGUAGUUUAAGGACCCACCAGCGUAUUCACACUGGAGAAAAACCGUUCAGUUGUGAUCAGUGUGGAGCAGCUUUUACCAGACGAAGUGAUCUAAAGAUUCACCAACGUAUUCACACUGGAGAUAAACCGUUCAGUUGUGAUCAGUGUGGAGCAACUUUUACCAAAUCAGAAGUAGAAGAAGUAGAAGAGGGGCCGAGCGGCCGCUCGCUACCCGAGGAUCCUGGCAGGACCGAUCAGCCGUGGAAUAACUGCAUGGUGGAGCCGAACCGAGCCGAGGGCUCUCCCAACACCUGGAAAAGCUUGCAGACCCGGAACCAAGGGAUGUGUGAGGCUGUGUGGAUUAGGGCUGCAACGAUUUGUUGACGUUGUCGACAAAAAUCGAUAACCAAAAUUGUCGACGAUGAAUUCCAUUGUCGACAAUUGUCGCCAGACGUGUUUUUCCAACGGAGUGAGGCGUCUCACUUCAAUACAGUCUCUGCGAGCGGUAGCGGUUAAACAAAAAUGACGGCGUCCUGUGCAGCAGCUGCGCGUAAUAAAACUUCAAAAGUUUGGGAGCAUUUUAGCUUCGAUACGGCGACUAUAAACUUUCAAAGUUUGCAAAGCAGACCUUGCUUAUCACGGGAGCACGUCGGUAAUAACGAGCAUUUGAAGAGAGACCACGUCGGACAGUUGAACGAAACGGACUCGCCUUGGUAAGACAUUAAGCGUAUUUUGGGUUAUGCCUGACUGUGUCUGACAAAAGUAUUUUAAAUUAAAUGCAUUCAGUUCGAAGAAGUUGAAUAAAACAUCUAUUUUUCAUUGAAGUAGCCAUCUUUCUUGUGUUAUCAUUUGCCACAUAAUUAAAGCAACCCCAUACUAAAUUUAAGAAAAAAAUACCGUAUUUUCCGCACUAUAAGGUGCACGUAAAAGCCUUUAAUUUUCUCAAAAACCGGCAGUGCGCCUUAUAGAUGAUCAUUACGGUAAUUUCUGUUACUGUAGUCAGAGGGAUUGUGGGUAAUGUAGUUGGUGUCGCCGAAGUAACGGCGCUAAAAACGUCAGGAAUCAUCACAGACGUUCAAGACAACAGCAGCGACGCCGACUCGCAUAAUGGCGACUUUGACGAGACGGGGCAAAGCUGGUUUUUAUUUUGUUAAUAAAGUUUUACAUAGGGUACUUUUCUUGUUUUUUGGGGGUUUUUUUUGCGUUUGCUGUAGGAUUUUGUAGCAUUUCCUGUAGUGUAGCUCCAUCAAGUAGAUACGUAACUCAACCCCAGCCACUAUAGUACGGUAUUUUACCAUAUAUUUAAUGCGCCUUAUAGUGCGGAAAAUACGGUAGUAAUUAUCCGAUUAGUCGACUAAUCGUUUCAAUAGUCGGUGACUAGUCGACUAUGAAAAUAGUCGUUAGUUGCAGCCCUAGUGUGGUUGGGCAAUUAGUCAGUUUAAUUUAGAGCGGUUUAGAGCUAAAUUUCAGAAUCAGAAUCAGAAUCAUCUUUAUUGGCCAGGUUCGAACAUUGUCCAACAAGGAAUUUGACUCCGGUAGUUUCGCUCUCUAUGGUCUUAAAGGUAAACAAUAAACAAAUAUACAAUAGACAAAUGUGGAAUUUCUAUGUACAAAAAUUAUAAACAUUUUAAGGUGCAGCAGUUUGAGGUAGUGAGAAUAAUUAUGACCUAUUUACAAUUUCUACGGACAAGAAUUAUGCAAAAGUACAAGAUAAAAAAUUAAAAAUUUUAACAAAAGAAAUAAAAAAGUGAGAGGUGCAGCAGAGUGAGGCAACAUGAAUAUUAAAGAGGGGUGCUGGAUGAUUUAUUUAUAUUUUGAUGAUUUAUUUUUAUAUUGCACGUGAUUGGUUACUCUGAGACUUUGUUAUCUGUGAGAGUUCAUCAGAGCAACCGCUUGCGGGAAGAAACUGUCCCUGUGUCUUGAAGUCCUGGCGCACAAAGCUCUGUAGCGCCGUCCAGAGGGGAGGAGUUGGAACAGGCAGUGUCCCGGGUGUGAGGGGUCUGCAGAGAUUCGACCUGCCCGUUUCCUGGUCCUGGACCGGUACAGGUCGUCGAUAGAUGGGAGGUUAGUCCCAACUAUCCUCUCUGCAGUCCUGAUAGUCCGUUGCAG